AUGGCGGCUCUCUCUGCCAUAAUCUGGACCCGUGGGGAUGGCAAGCUUGUCAAUUGCGUCUACUCCGUGGACUCCACUCGCCGCAUGGUUGAGUUCGGAGCCGAUUGCCAUGCCACUGCGUCUCGGUGCUCGUGGUCGCAAACGUAUCGUUUCACUGAGACAUCGGCGGGGGACGUCUCGGCGGUGGCAAUCGCGGACGGAGGUAUCCGACUCUACCUUCUCGACGACAAGGGAUAUAUUGGGGAGCUGGCAUACGACGGAGUCGAGGCUUCCAUUGAAUCAAGCUUGCAGGCCACGCUUGACAAAGAUAAGAACGGGACGCCGAAGAGAAUCUUCGUCACCUUUGUCGAUCCUUACAGGUUGCUGAAGGAAAUCAUUUGA